UUUGAUUGAACGAAACGAUACUAAUUAUCUAUUUACACCUCUGCCUUUUAAGUAUUCUUUAAAUGAUUUAUUAUUGUGAUUCAAUAAUAUUGUGUUUUAUCUUUUAGAAAAUAAUUCUUAAUUUAAGAACAUAAAAUCACUAUGGAUACAUUAUUUGGUGUGGCAUUAAACCCUUUUUCAACCCCUGUUGGAGAAAAAAUUGGAUUAGCUACAGAUGGUGGGUUAGCUUCAGAAAAUUGGUCCUUGAAUAUGGAAAUAUGUGAUAUGAUUAAUGAAACUGAAGAUGGCCCGAAAGAUGCAGUUAAAGCUAUACGUAAAAGGUUGUUACAAAAUGCAGGAAAAAAUCAUAAAAUCAUAAUGUAUACUUUAACGGUUUUAGAAACAUGUGUUAAAAAUUGUGGUAAAAGAUUCCAUGUUCUUGUUUGUAGUAAAGAAUUUACUCAGGAACUAAUUAAAUUAAUUGGACCUAAAAAUGAUCCUCCUUCUAUUGUACAAGAAAAAGUUUUAAGUCUUAUUCAAAGUUGGGCUGAUGCAUUCCGAUAUCAACCAGACCUUCAAGGAGUUUACCAAGUUUACCGAGAUCUAAAACAGAGAGGAAUAGAAUUUCCUAUGACUAAUCUUGAUACCAUGGCCCCUAUUCAUACACCUCAAAAAAGUUAUUCUGAGGAACCAAGAACACCAACAUACUUGCAUCACAUUGAAGAGUCUGAUAAUCAAUCACUUAGACCAGAACAGUUGUAUAAAUUAAAUGCUGAUUUAGAAUUAGUACGUGGAAAUAUGACUGUUUUGAAUGAAAUGCUGACAGAACUAGUACCUGGAAAAGAAGAUGUCUCUGAUGUCCAAUUAUUAACUGAUCUAUACUCAACAUGUAAAGCUAUGCAAGAACGAAUUGUAGAACUUCUCUCAAAAUUAUCUGAUGGAGAAUUAACAGAACAGUUGUUAUUGGUUAAUGAUGAUCUAAACAAUCUGUUUCUAAGGUAUAGUAGGUAUGAAAAAAAUAGAGAAGCGGGUUGUUCUAACACAGUUGAUAAUCCUUUAAUUAAAACUACAGAUUUAAUUCAAGAUUUUGUUGACCACCCUAUUACUACUGCAUCAAAUGAAUUUUCAAAACUUAGUAUUGGCAAUGAAACGUCAAAACCAAAAUUAUCAGCUGAUUUACUAACUAGUAUUCAAUCUGACUUUGAUAUGUUUGCACAAUCACGAUCUAUUUCAUAUGAAAACACAAGAACUGGUAGUAGCAGUUACGAUGCUAAUUUAAAACCUGAUCAAGUAAAUAGUCUUGCUUCUCUCACACAAGCUCGAUCACAAAAUUUAACAACUAAAGAUGAUCGUGCUCAUGAAGAUGUCAUCAGGAUGCACAGUGAACAAGAUUUUGAUGAAAUAGCAGCUUGGCUUAAUGAAAAUCCUGGAGCAUCUGUACGACCUAGUGGAGAAAUUGAAGAGUCAUUAUCAAGUAGUGAAUUUGAAAGGUUUUUGGCUGAAAGAGCAGCUGCUGCUGAAAACUUAUCAUCAAAUUCUAAUACAACUGAUCCUAGACAUAGCAAAGAAAAACAAAAGGACCCUAUGUUUGCUUUAUAAAAAUGGUUUUCUAUUGUUUAUUUAAGCUUAUUUAAUUGAAGUUAAUUAAAAUUAAUAUUUUAGUUUGGUGUAUAUAUAAUAGUAUCAUUGUUGAUUAUUUCUAAAGCUAGAUACAAUAUUGGCCACUUCUUUUAAUGGUGACUUGAGCAGAUUUGUUUAAUAUUAAAAAAAUGAAGUUUUUAUCAAAAUUAAAUUGUAAGUAAUUUUGUGAUGUGCAAUAUCUUGUACUUUUUAGUGAAUGAUUUUAAAAUAAUGGAAAAAAAAAUUAUUGAAAUUCCUAGAAACCUCUAAAAUGUAUUAUAAAAUGUAAAUAUUAAGAAUGACUUAAUUUUUAAAUAAAAACAUUCCAUUAUAUAUUAUUAAUAUUUUUUCUUUUUUGAUAAAAUUAUUAUUAUAUAUAUAUAUUCUUAAUUAUUACAUCAACUUGCAUCACAUUUAUUUAACAAUAUUAUUCAAUUCAGCAGAAAACUAUAUUAAAACAUAUUUUAGUACUAAAUUCAAUCCUUUUAUAUUUAUAUUAAUUUUUUUAUAAUACUGGUUUUGAAAACUUAAUAGUCUGUAAUUUAUAUAUUUACUCUAUUUGUUAUGUGUUUUUAAUUGUUGUUUUAACAUAGAAUUAUAUUUAUGAUUUAUUAUUACUAAUGAAUAUUAUCAACAUUAUACAUAUGGUUUUAUCUUAUUCAAAAACUAGAAUGCACUUAUAACGCCUUGCAAUGUCAGUUAUUUUGAUGACAAGCUAUUAUACUAUUUUAUGAUAAAUAUUAAUCCACUAAAACUUAAAACUACUGCUACAUUGAAUUGUUUUAGUUGAAAUAUUUUUAACAUUUGUAGUUGAUUGUAUCCUCUCUAAUUUAUUGAAAGUUUAUUGUAUUAUUGUGAUAAAAUUUUCAAAUUGAAACAAAUUAAUCUGUUAUUUUAUUAAUAUUGUUUUUCAAUUGAUAAUAUCAUAAAUUAACUUUUUUAAAUAAAUUAAAGAUAUAUUAGUUUGUAUUA